CGGAACCCUGAGCAGGCGCACUAUGUUUUGUAAGUUUUCAACCCUAAGGAUCGGGUCGUGGCAAAUCGCGAAUCGGCGACCUACCAUGGUCGGAUCGGGCAACUUCUGUGCGGUAGCCGGCUGCUUCAACUCCUGGAGGAAAGGAAGGAAAGAGGGAAAGACUUACUCUUUCCACAGCUUUCCCAAAAGGCCCCAUUUGAGAAAGGUUUGGAUCAAGUUCUGCUCGAGGAAAGACAGACUGAAUCCCAAUUCGGGCCGGAUAUGUUCGGAACACUUCAAACCGGAGGAUUUCCAGCUUAACUUCAAGAUGCAGCUCAUGGGAAUACCCGUGAAGAGGAUGCUCGUCCCGGACGCCGUUCCUUCUAUGAAUCCACCCGAGAUCGGGACGCAGACGCGCAGGAAGACAGAAGUCGAAGAAGAAAACGACGAAGGGGAAGACCCGAACACGUUUCAGAGCGUCACGGGAGACGUGGAGGCGAUCUCGGACUUGCCGACAUCCGUGACUGACACAGGGUUCAGAACAAAACCGACGCGGAAAAGCUUUCAGAAAUUGAACAAGUCGAAACUUUCGACGGGCGAGGCGAGAAAAGCCCAGGAGAAAAGCCAUAGAAGGGCGAUCAACGGGGAAAAACCGACCGGACGGACAAAACAAAUCAAUUUACUGAAAAUGAAGGUGAACAGCGUGAAUAAGAUCUCGUCCCCAUCAGACGAACUCAGCUGUCAUGGAGCACUGAAGACCGAGAAACAAGUCGAGUUCAGCAUCGUAUUUUCCGCGACAGAACUGAAAAUAUUAAAAGGAUGAAACAACAUUUUUAUUUCAAUCAAAAUCCUUGUUUUUGGUAAUGAUCAAACCUUCAAGUUUGAAAUUUUGUCCCAAACACAAUGAUCUGGUGUUUCGAAGAACGAACGACUAGAUUGUCAAUUAUUAAAUGGACCUGGACAAACACCUUUUUAUAAAUUUUUUUAUAAACAACAACGUUUAUAAACAAUUCAUUAAAAAAAAAAAAAAUUAUUAAAAUAUUAUUUGAGUGUACAUUUGUACCUCAAUGAAACACUUCCGUGCUCUGGAAGUAGACGAGACAAAGUUCAGCCUGAACGUGCAAAAUCGUCCAUUUGUUUAUCUUAUCUUCGUUUACACAUUGUUAUUUGCGGCUGAAGCUUUUCGAACUUUCAAUUUUCCUCAAAAUGACGAACAUUCCUCAGAGAUUUUUUUACAGUGUUCAUCUAAACAAGAAAAAA